UAUUGUUAAAUCAUAAUGUCAUAGCUCAUAUCUGUCUCUGUCACCACCGUCUUAUGUAGACUUAAAGAAUAGGCGGGGAAUAAAUCUCUAUUGGAUCGCCCAUUGGAGCCUCAAUCUGAGUAAUAAAACAAUAUACAUAAGAGCUACAAUGUGCCUUAGAGUUAAAAACUGUAGAUUCACUACUGGCCAUCACUUUCACAUCAUAGGACCUAUAAAAACUGGUGGGUCGUGGUUAUUCGAUCGAGACCAGAUGCGCUUUUACGCACUCCGUCUCCAGCCCUCACUCAGCGCGCUUUUUACGCACACUGGAUAUUUGACUCCUCAGUCCUCGGCACCAUGUCAAACGUCAGAAAGCCGCUUUAUUCUAUAGGAAGAGUCUGUGUGUCAUUCAUGUCGGGCUCUUGAGAGGGCCAGUUUGUUUCUGCUCGGGAAGACUUUGAAAUGAGCAGCUCAUUCAUGGUUUCAGCGGGGUUUUCUUAGACUUUCUUUGCCAAUUCUACUCUACAGAUACUAUAGAUCUGUCAAAGAGGGAGUCUUAACUUCAGGAUUUACUUGAAAAUCGUCGCUAUCUGCGGAUUUCUCGGUCAGGGAUAAAUCAAAAGGAGAUGAUGGCUUUAUCGUUCCUCUACGCCUUGUGCAUGUGGAUAACAUUAGUGUGUCCUGCGCUGGGAACAGGCUUUGUUUAUCACUUUCCGAGCAUCACUCUGCAGCGGCAGCGCAUCAAAUCGGAGCAGAGCAGCAGCACGGGACCACCAGGUACCGGGUCCAGGACGCAACUCAGGAACUGGUGUCAGUACACUAUUUCCAAAACGGUGUCCUGUCAGGUGCACAACGGGACAGAAACCAGCGUGCAGAGAGUGUUGCAGGGCUGCCGAUGGCCCGGACCCUGCUCCAAAGUCAUCAGCUACAGGACGGUGAUCAGGCCGUCCUUUAAGGUCGCCUACAAACAGGUGACGGCUCUGGAGUGGAGAUGCUGCCCGGGGUUCGUGGGAGAAGAGUGUCGUGAAGAGUGUUUAAAUUGUACCAGUUUCACCGACAUGAACAGCAGAAUAAAUGCCAUUGAAUCAAAGAUCAAGCUGUUGGAAGACGGGCGUUCCUCCCUGCAGCCCGUCAGCGGUUCACCAGAAGGUUCAACGGAGAACGAGGUGGACGCACCCCAACCCACUCCGAUAGCCCCGCCCUCAUACCUGCCCCCAGGUCCAGGAGGCAGAGGGCUUCCGGGGCCCAUCGGACCACCAGGGCUUCCAGGUUCUGCUGGACCUGCAGGUCCAGCUGGAAGAGCAGGCCUCCCUGGACCCAUCGGACCAAAGGGGGACAGGGGUCUAACAGGAGGAUCAGGUCUACCCGGCCCUCCUGGUCCUCCGGGGCCUCCGGGGCCGAGCUCCUCUCCUGUCCGAGUGCGGGGUGACGUUUUCCACGUGGACAAUCAAGAGGAGACACCCGUACAACCUCCUCGGAUCAUAACUGGGCCUCCUGGUCCAGCUGGGCCCGUCGGCCCCUCAGGCCCUCCAGGACUGAGAGGAGCUGCAGGGACACCAGGCCUGUCAGGACGAGACGGGAAGGAAGGCCUCCAAGGGAAGCGUGGGGACGUUGGGCCUAAAGGAGAUCCGGGGGACAGGGGGCCUCCAGGUGUAGCAGGCGAGCUGGGCCUACCUGGAGCACCGGGACCAAAAGGAGAGCCAGGAGAAGGCUUGAAUGAGGGCGAGGCCGUGCAGCAGCUCAGGGAGGCCCUGAAGAUCCUGGCCGAGAGAGUCCUGAUCCUGGAGCACAUGAUCGGCGUUCACGAGAACUCUGAAGGAUCUGGAUUUGGCAGCUUUUCGGACCCCCUGUCUUUCUCUGCCAUAAAGACCAAACGCCGCCAGCCUCUCCAAGCCCCUCUAAGAGCUCCAGUACUGGGGGAGCGACAAAGGCGAGCUCCCCUUUAAUAUUAUAGGCUAAUUUUGUAUGUAUAUGUAUGAUUUUGAGUCAAAUUUUGGACAUAAAACUUUUGUUUAUAUCAUGUUCCUCAUAUAUUUGCCAUUUAUUGUCUUUUUUCAGCUGUAAAAAUGAAGAGAUGUUAAGCAUUUCAGGCUUUUAUUGAGUCUUUUUGACUCUUUUGUUGCUGCAUGAUCGUAGUCUACAUAACCUUAACAGCAGCACGUGUUCAAUGUUGUACAAUGAAAUAUAUUCUCAUUAAGUGUUAUGAGGGUUUUUGGCAUCUUUCUUUCCUCAGAUAACAGACGGCCUAGUAAACACAUCAG